AUGCCGCCUUGUCCUCAUUUGAAUUCUCUCGAAGAAAUUAACGUGGAGGAGAUCAAGAGGAAAAUGAGUGAUGCACAUGUAAGUUGAUUAAUUUUAUGCUUAGUCAUUUUGACAAUGGAACAUCAAUUGAUAAAAGCAUAUCCAUUGCUGUGAAUUCGCUGUAUGGUGAAACAAAUUAACGAAAUAAUAGUAACGCCUUGGCUAAUUCCUCUGUCAUAGAUAGAUUUGUAAGUGAUUGUUUUGAUUUAAUUAUGUUUUUUUUGGUUACAAAACCUUACGCUAUUUGUCAGUUUUAAGGUAAUUAAAAAUAUUGUUAGUGUUUGCAGGCUUUUCUUAUCUCCCUACAAAGUAAACUUAAUUUGUUAUAAACUAUUCGUGAUCUAAAUGUUGCUUGCUACAGGCGAACACAGCUGGGUUUCAUAAUUUGUAGUUGUAGUACAUGGAAAGCCUGAUUUUCUUUCAAAGAUACAGAAGUGUGUAUAUAUAAAAUUAAAAAUAUAAAUAUUUUAAUGCUUGAAUAUUUGUUUGAAAGGCCAGGAAGGCACACUCAGUGUUUUAAGGCAUUGCCAAAGAUUAAGUUGUUCUUGUAAUUUGCAUUGGUCUUUUCUAAAGAUUGAGAGACAAAAGUUUAUAUGUGAGGUUUGUAGUAGCGUUACAGCAAACAUUCACAGGCACGUUGCAGCCACGUUAAUGAUUUAUAUUGUUUAUGCCAUAUAUAUUUUUAUUGAAUGUGCCAUGUUGCAUAUCAAGAAAUAAUAUUAUUUUUCCAAACCAGAUGAGAAUCACCAUACACUAAAGUAUUUGCCAUGGACUGAUAAUUAUUUUUAAGUCACAAACUGCACCUGUCCUCAUCGAAAACAUUUUUUUGAAGCUUAGAUAUAGCUAAAUUUAUUCUCUUUGUGCUUACCAUUCAGAAAUUCCUUACUUAUGAAUUACUUCUUUUAAUGGACAAAUUUAUUUCAUGUGUCACUUCAAACUGAAAUGAGAAAGGAUACUUUGCUGUAUUUUAACUCUUUCAUUUUAUAGCAAGUUAUGACAGGGUGAUUUAUGGCUUUAAUUUUGAAAUGCGGGGAUGUUCCAUGUUGUUACCGUUCAAAUGAAACCACUUUGGCAGAAAUUUUGUGUGCUACUAAUCUUAGAUUUUACAGAAAGAAAAUUGAAUUUUUUUGUUAAUUUUUUUCCUUGGCAUUUUCACCUUAUUUUUCACUUUGCCAUAUUGUUAUAAAUUAUAUAAAAAAAAUACAGACAAUGUAUGCUUCUCUCUUUCGAGAGCAGAGAUGGCAUAAUGGUGAAAGCGCUUCCCUCCUGCUAGUAAUAAGUUAAUUGCCUAUGGCAUCAGCAUCCUAUUAUAUGUCAUGUGGGUUUAGUUGUUUGUUCUUAUUCUUGCUCUGAGAUAUAUUUCACUGGACACUCCUGUUUCCAUCUCUUCUAAAAAAAUCAACACUUGCAAAUUCCAAUUCAAUCUGUAACACUAGAAGACAUUCAAAGUUGUUGAGUUCUUAUUAAACAGCUCAUGUUUCUUAGGUAAAUGAAUACGUUUCAUGAAGUGAAUACCUUUUGAAGGUUACACAUGGCCGGUUGAUGAAGGUCCUAGUAAAAUUUUGGUUCUUUAAAGACCUGUAACAAAACCGUUUUUUUUUUAAUGGGUGGUAUCUAGUUUCUCGUUAUAACACCCCCCCGCUUGAUCAAAAAAAGAUUUCACUAUGCAAAUGAAUGCCUAAGAUAAAAAGAUACUGCUUAAAUGAAUAAAGGGGAAAACAAGAGUAAAUCUGUACUUAAACAUUGACAGUAUCUGUUCUACAAUCUUUGAUGCCAAUAGGUUCUUUACAACAAAUGGCUUGUCAUGGUAACCAGGCCUGUGGCCAAUUUCUUGAAGGUUUCAAUAAUUACUAGGCCCAAAAGGCUGUUUUAUGUUUGCCAUGUUUACAGUCAAGAUUGAGAGUUAAAUAGUUUUAAAAAUGAUACAAUAAAAUUAUCAGGUAAAGAAACAUUAAUUAGGGUGUAAAGAAAAUCAUUCUUGCAGCUUGCCAUUUGGGCAAGCUGAAGCUAGCAUUUACUAGCCCAGACAUCAUUUCAUCUAGUCCCAAAAGCUUUUUGACAAGCAGAAUUGACUUCACAGUUCUGUUGUUAUUCGAAUUCCUCAAAAAACAUCACUGCCUGUUGGGCAAGGUAAACACAGAAUGCACUAGCUCGAUAGCAACAUUCAUUAGCUGUGGGCUAUUGGACACUACUUUCUUUGCAUGCUGCAUUAAUACACUGGUUAAGGGGCUAUGGUAGAACUGACCCAUCUUUGGUCUUGUAAAGUUACUGCAACUUUCAAAAAAUGGGCCCCAGAUCUUAUUCAUAUUGGUCUUGUUACCUGGUACAUAACACUCAAACGUCUGCUAAGGGACACCCACUUAUUCAAGGUCUUAGCAAAAUACAAAUCAUACAUUUUUAACUUCCUGUUUUAAGUGAAAAUUUCCUCUUGUCCCAAAGGCGCCAUCUGAGGGGUCGGGAGGUUCGACUGGGCUGGCAGUGUGUAAUGAUAUUUAAACCUUAUAGCUGUUUUCUUACACUUGUUUACAAAUGGAGGAAUCUCCGAAGCAACUCACUUCAAAUCUUGGUAGAAAUUGAAGAUACUGCGAUUUGUUAACAUAGUAUACACACCAGUGAACCAACAAGUAAUCUUAUUGGUUUGCUUGGCAGGGGCACUGUGAUCAAUGUGAGAAGUCGGGAUCAGACCUUUGGAUUUGUUUAAAGGUGAGUGACAAACUGCUAUGUAUAGUGGAAUUUAUUUUAACCUAAAAAUUCCUUUAAAAUUCCUUUUACCAUCCAAACACUGUAAACUUCUGAUUUUUUAUCUGAAUUUCCAUGUUUCUUGGAGGUUUGAAAUACUGUGAUUCCAACGUGGUUUAGUUAAUUUUCCUCCAAGGUGUCUUGUGAGAAUUUUAUAUGUAUAUGUAUAUUUUUAUAUUUUAUAUGUAUAAUUGGAGCUUUAAGCCUAUCACAGGAGUAGAGCUCUCAUGAGUUUCAAAUUUGCUCAGGGAAGAAAAAUAUAUAUAAUAUUAUGUUCUCUCAGGAGAAAUUUUUUUAUAUACCGGUAUGUCUUUUCUGUUAACAGAGGUGUCAGCAAAGAAUACUGUCAGUUACACCCCUAAUCAUUACCAAUCACUUUGUUUUGUUUUAAUGUAAUGUUUACUGGAAAUAUCUCAUCCCUGCCAGCAACUGUCCAUGUACUUUGGCUAGCGCAGACAUCUUCAGAAGUUAUUGAAACCCAAGUGUUCUUAUUUUUUUUCUUUCAGAAGUGUUGCUCAUUUGUAGGGUGUGGAAGAUUUGGGAAUAAUCACAUUGAGCUUCACAGUCAGGUAUACUGUCUUAGGUUGUUCCCUCUUAGAUGUCUUUACUGCAACAAUUAAAAAAAGAGACUUUCAGUUUUAUUGCUCAUUUGCAUUGGUGUUAUCAAAUUUCAAAAUAAAAAUGAUCAGUCUUUGUGUGGUUGUAGCUUCAUACUUAUUUUUAUAGUCAUUUCAGUUUUAUAAAGCUCUUUGUUUUGUAACAAAGAACUUUUAAAUAUCCAUGCAUUUGUAUCAUGCCAGAUUAAAUGUUACUGAGAGUAGUUUCAAGUUUUCAGUAUAUUAUGAAUGGUUCUCAUGUUGUAAUAAGUAUAAUAAUUUUAUAUAGAUUGAGCAUAGGCUAAAAGCGAAGCUCCCAUUGAGAAAUUUAUAACUUACUUCAAGCCGUAAACUUGUAACCAUUGAAAGAAAUCCACUUGGAGUUGGUCCUGCCAUCAGUUGAAAAACUAGUAACUUGUCAGCAGGUAACUUCAAAAAAACAUAUUAAUUUUAUAACCUCCAUGUGUUGACACCUGAGCCAAUGCACGGACAGUCAAACAUGUGCACGGUCAUGCAACGACCAAAAUUUCUUGGAUGGAUAGAGAACCAAAUUUUCUUAUCUAUGGGGCUCUGCUUGGACACGCUUUCCUCUGCUAAUAUGUUACUGGCUCUUGGAUGAUGGCUAUUUGCUUUCACUAGAAACUGGGUAAUCCAAGUUUGUGAUAAAUAAUAUGGCUAAAACAUUUGUCUGAGUAUCUCAUAUGUAAAACCCAGCCAUUCCUAAAUCUUGGCCAGACUGUAUGCAGUUUUUGCAGAAAACAGUGUAUCGUCUAACAGAUUCUUGAUUAAGGGUGAUUUCAAUUUCUGCUUUUGAUAGUGUGACGGUGAAUACAGGCAUUGGUAGUGUCUAUUGUCAGUAACACUAUAACAGUAGAACAGAAGCUAUUAUUUUUUGAUAAGUGGAAGAUAGGUAAAAUAUUUUAGUGAAAUCAAUCUUUUUACUAACAUAUCAUGGUACUUCUUAGUUUGACUAUUUCUCUUGGAUAAUGCAAAAAAAAUGAUAGUUUUCUACUGAAAUAACCUCUUGUUACAUAUAGUAUUAUUUUGACACUAAAUUUCAUUUUUGUUAUGAUAAUUAUUUCUCUAUUUUUUUUUCAGGAAUCAAAGCAUCACUUGUGCUUACGACUUCAAGAUUUCAGCAUGUGGUGUUUUAGUUGCCAUUCUGAGGUGCAGCCAUCUGAUGGAUCAUCAGGCUCAGCCAACAGUGAAGUCACUAGUUCUCCAAGGCCAAAGGUACAUUUAUCAUCUCCUACUUAACAGUUAGGGGGCGCACUCAAAAUUUCUGUCACCCGAGAUAGAUGAUGGGGGAUUGAAUCACUUGAUAAAAUAACAAUCAAUAGUCAGUGGAAAAAAGUUUGUGAAUUUUAACAUAAUUUUGGUCGAUGGGUUAUUAUAUGAGUGCUAUUGUCAAGCAAGACAUUACCUUUCUGUCUGUGAUUGUUUUCACGAUAUUAAUAUUGUUCCCUAGGCUCAUGAAGUCCUUGACAUUGAAGAUGCUCUUGAAUUAGAAAAAGGUUUGAAACCAAGAGGUGAGAUAGUAAAUAUUUUAUUCUUAUUUGUACCAUGAACAUUAACCCCAUAAGCCCCAAUAUCUGCAUACAAAUUCUCCAAACUGACCUUUAUACAGUUUGUUACUGCAUUAGUUGGGAGAAAAACAUCAGAGCAUUAAUUUUUGCUUUAGUGAUCGUAUUAUCAAUUCUCAUAACCUUUUCUCUUGGUUUAGUAUCAGUUAUAAUGUUAGAAGAAAAUUGAUGUUUGUCACUCUUUGCAUUUAAAGGGUCAAAUGAAAGGAUCCACUAGAAAUAACCUCUCAAAAUGUCGAGAAUAAAGGCUCUUGCAUUUUGGUUAAGAUCAUAAUAUAAGUAACCAUGUCAUAGUUCAGGCCAGGAAAUAUAAUUGAUGAUCACACGCCCUGCACCUCAGAUCUUGAGCCAGUAGCUUAUGGAACAAAGAUCAUAAACAAUUUUUUUUCUCCAAGAGCUGCACAUUUACAGCACACACAGAUGCCCAUCUUGCUUAAACAUUGCAGAGUCCAUCAUAGUAGCUAAUACAGGCACUGUAUUAACAAAAGAAAUUUUAUUUUAGGAUUGUGUGGCUUAGCAAACAUUGGAAAUACAUGUUACAUGAAUGCUGCCCUGCAGGCUCUAUCAAACUGGUAACUAUAUCAUCUUACAAAACUCAACCAUGAAGUUUUUUACUUUUGGAUUGAUGGCCUUAGAGUAACGAUAACCAAAAAGAUAUGAAAAAUGAGUAUGGCAUUAUUUUUGUUAUAUGUAUGAAAAGCUUUUAUAAAGGCUGAGUGUAAAUGGACACAAGCAAGUAUUGCACUGUCAUGUGCUCUGCUAAAUUGACGUAUCUCCCAAAUUAGGAAUUAAUCAUUAUAAUCAUGUUGUCUUGUAUUGAGCCCAAGUUCUUGUAUUGGACACGUCAUGCCUGUCAGAUUGACAAGAUGAUGUGCUCACUGACAAGCAGACAAGCUGUUAUGGUGACAGGUUGCUGUAAAGCUAAGACCUGCGGUUUCAUUAAGGUUUUGACCAGGAGACCAAUUGGGUUUGACACCCAGGCAAAGAAUUGGCAAGGCCCUUGUGCCCCUAGGGGAGUCCGAGGGCUGAAAUUCUGUAGGGCAGAGAUGAGUUUUCCUGCAUUCUGAAGCUACAGACAAUGUCUUUCAACUACCAAAAUCAUGAAUUGCAAACUGGCAGGCUAAAACUUCUGUAAAGCUGGUCCAACCAAAUCGAUUUAGUAAAGUCUUAAGACAUGGACACUUAUAAUUAUUGAAAAUCUCCGUAAAUACUAUUUGAUAGUCAAACAGCUUAUUAUCAGUGUUCUAUACAGCAAGCAUUUUGGUGAUGCCCUGCUGACAGCUUUAUUAUUGUACUUCAAUUUCAGCCCACCCCUUACACAGUAUUUCUUGGAAUGUGGCAGUUUUGCAAAAGAAACCAAGAACACUGCUGUCUCUAGAAACUAUUUGUCUUUAAUCAAUGAAUUAUGGUCUAGGAAAAGGUGUAGUAUGAACUUGUUGUUGUUUUUUUAACCCCUAUACUCAACGGAUUGACUGUGAUCAGGGCUGUGAUAGGGAGUUCAAGCAAUGAUGACGGCAACGUCAGUGAAAAUGGCGAAAAAAAGCAAUAGGUUAAGAUUAGCAAAACAAUGACUCUGCAUGUGCGUGACAUAUUUUUGUACAUUUUUUUGCCAUCGACCAAGACGUGAAAAUGCCUAAUUUCACAUGUGUGGAGGACAUGAACACAAGACCAUGACUUUCCUUUUCUUUUCCUGAACUUGGAUACGGUGUUUUAAAAUUCAACUCCAGAAAGAAUUACCAACAUUUGACGAACUGAACGAGAUAGAAUAAGCACAAUAAGAUUUGAAGUACUGAGAUUUCACUGUGUAAGUGACAUUUUCAUCGUUGUCGCCAUCAUUGUUACAUAAGCUCCCUAUUAAGGGCUGAUUGGGGGGGAGGGGAGAUUUCCCCUGGCUACUAUGAACAUGACCUGUAGCUAAUUUCACAGGUGAAUAGAAUCAAAAUAAAACCAAAAGAAAUCCCUAACUGUUUGAUUUCCUGCCUACUCGAUGCAUUUACCUGGCAACUUAUAAUCUUAGUGACAUGAUUCCCUGCUAUGAUGCCACUGGUAAAUUUUCCAAAAUCCAAAAGGUUUGUCAUCUGAAUGUAGUCAAAUAAUUUAGCCCUCAGAAUUUGGUCUGCUUUUCUACAUACAUGUUCCAUAUCCAUGCAUAACUCAUUUUUUUGUUUUCAGACCAAAGUAUGUUGUACCUUCUCAGCUGCUGCGUAGUGUAAGACUUGUCAACCCACAGUUCAGAGGUUAUGGGCAACAGGUGUGUCAAUUGAUUUUCAGAUAAUAAUUUUAUGCCCUAAUUUAUCUUUCACACUGGUUUCAAGUUCACAGUGUACAAAAAGUUUCCAGGAAGUUGGGUUGGUAAGUAAAUAGAUUGAUAAUUCUUAAAUGUGAUUGUUGCUGUAAAGCCCCAUUAGGGAGGAGACAGUUAAGUUAAUAUGCAAUGGAGCAUGUCUAAUUUUUGGAAGUCCUGUUUUCCCAGUUCAAUGAACUCCAAAAAGAAGUUUGUGUCCCUUUGUUUUCUUCAUUGUUAUCUUUGGUUUACAGUUUGAGACAUUUAUGGCCAUAUUUUGGGAAUGGGAGUGUUUUGUGCAAAAUGGUAAAAGCGUGUUUCAUGCUUAAAGGAAGAAGUGUGUUGUCAGGAGCAGCCUGGUGCCUUUGGAGCACAGCCCAGAGAAAGGUCAUAUCCUCAUCGUAACAAACAUGAAACACAUAAAUAACAAUAAUUGUUAACAAUAAUAAAUAUCAUUUUUCAUUUGCUUAUCACUUCAUCUCAUCAGAGUUCCACUGUGCUCAUUUAGAGCAACUGUUAACCAAUUUUGAGCUGAGAAUCACUGUUUUAUCAUUUUGCAUUACCAUUUUAGGAUGCUCAGGAGUUUUUACGUUGCAUUAUGGAUCAGUUACAUGAGGAGCUGAAGCAGCCUCUGCCACCUCUUGCAGAAGACUCAGCGUCGUCAGAGAGCGAUGAUGAUGAACCAAACCAUCACAAUAAGAGACUGCUAGGAGGAACAAGUUUGUCAUAUGAUGAGAAUGUACACAAAGGUAUUGUUGUAACCUCUGGUAUCCUGACCAGCGGGUUUACUCCCUUGCUUUUUUAGGAGCAUGCGUACGGGGCCUCAUCAUUGGUGUGCAUGAGGCGACCGUGAAAUAACUUCAAGUUUCUCUCAAGUUUUUUCCAAGUUCUCAAGUGUUUUUGUAAGCCAUUUGUUUCAGUUUUUUUUCUCGUGCUAUGGAUUUCUAAGGGGCAUAUGUGGUGAUCGUUUUGUAAGAUACUUAUGAGUCAUUCAGCUUCCUGUAUGAUUAAACAUUUUGUUGCUUUUAUUGUCACAAAUAUCAUGUACCACCAUUCGCUGUUACAAUUAUUGUAAUAUAGUUGAAACCUUGCUAAUGGGUUUUUCUGUUCGCGCACACCUCAUUUCAGUGAGCAUUUACUUAACCCUUUAGGUCCCAAGAGUGGCCAACAUCAAAAUAUUGUCACUUUCUUGUCCCAAGGGUUUCUGCUUACAUGGGGCUGGGCGGUUACCCUCUAUCAAGGCUGUGCUCUAGCAGAACCCAGUGGCCCCUGGCACCCAACUUUUGCACAGCCUUGCUCUAUAUUGUCAAUACAAAUCAGUAUAAUAAUACAAAUAUAAUAAUUAUUGUAUUUGUCACAAAACAACUGGCAUGGUCUUCUAGAAAUUUUGAUAAGAAAAUAAAAGUUUCUCAUGUGUAGGGUAAUUUAUAUUAUCAAUAUUUUAUUUUAAUUUAACAACCUCAGUUUCAAUUUGAUUUUCCUUGUCUUAGUAGAUGAUGAUGUAGAGAUGUACUCUGACAGUGGAGAAGACACUGCGGAUGAUAAACCACUUCAUACAAAUUCAACCAAAGAACAAGUUUGCCAAGAAGAGCAACACAAAACAAGCAAUGCCAGACAAAUGAAAACAAGUCAUGAUGCUGUUAAUCUGAGUGAUAUAACAGUGUCAGUUGAAGAUGAGUGCAUGAGUGAAGGUGAAAGUGAGCAGGUUGAUGAGGAUAUGGAUGCUGAUGACAGUGCAUUAUUGAGGGAAGAGAAACCUGUUGAACAAGGCAAAAAGGAGAAGCUAACGCCCACUGCCCACUCUCAGCCUUGCCAGGCUGAACAACCCAGAAAGAAGCCAAGAAAAGAGACAAGUAAAUAUAAUAAAAAUAUUAUUAUUUUUUUAUGUAUUAUAUUUAUUUAACUGUAAUUCAUCCAACAUGGCAGAUAUUUGAAAAUCCUCACUAGCAGGAAACAAACUGGGUAGUUAUUCAUAUUAAUUUUGACAUGAUAAUUAAUCAUAAGUGAUUAUAGUCCUUUACAAAACGUGAUUUGCUGCGCCGUCCCUUCGCAAAACUACUAAAUAUCAAGGUAGCUUCAGAAUAAACUGUGCUCGGACCUACAACACCCUACCGAGAAUCAUUAGGCACGUAGAGACUCACAACAAAGUUAAAAUCAAGCUAAAGCGCCAUUUUAAACAGUAAUGCCUGCAGUUUAUGUUCCCUUUGUAACUUGAUUAAUUUUCUAGUUUUAAUGUUUUAUUGUCUGUGUUUUUGUGUUGUGUCAGGGCUCCAGUUAAACUAGCUCUGCUAAAUUGGAUGCCCCUGGAUAAAUAUUGAUCUAAAAAACGGCAAUAACAGUAUUACAGCAUCUAAGAUGUGGAAAUGAAUCCCUAACUGUCAAAAGUUUUGAUAUUCAAGGUAAUUGCCCUGUUCUUUUUCCUAGGUGAGAAAAAGAAGGUGCCAGUGAACUACAGCAGCAUAGUAACAGAUUUAUUUGAUGGCACAAUUCAGAGCUCAGUGCAGUGUUUAACAUGCCACAGGGUAACCAACAUUAUCUUUAAAUAAUAUAACUAAAGGGGUCUUUACAUGAAAAAACUCUCACUAGUACAAAUUCCAUUCUGGAAUGACCACUUAAUUUCAUAUCUGGUUUACAUGUUUCAUCUCUAGUGUGACAUAACCAGCUUGGAUUGACAAAAAAAUACACAUCCUGUUCCAAUCCAUGGGGAGGCCAAUUUUAUACCAAAAUGAGUGGUUAUUCUCUGUUUACUAUAAUAAUUAUUAACACUGUUGGAAGAUUUAGCACUAGAGUGAAUUCUUGCCACAGUACAGGAAUUGAGGUGAACCCACACCAAUUUGACUUAUUCAGGUAUUUUUCUGGUGGUGUCAUGACUUGUAAUCACAUACAGAGCCACAAGAGGGAACUAGGGUUAACUAUGUCUACUGUUGUGCUUAAAAAAGUCAAUAUUUUUCAUUUACAAAAUGAAGGUUUCUUCAAGAGCAGAAACGUUUCAGGAUGUGUCUCUGCCAAUUCCAGGUAAGAAUGAUAUUUAUUCGUAGUUAACUAAAUGUACUUUGGUCAAAUCUCUACUAUCAGCCACCUCUUUAUGACAAUCAUUUGUCUCUGUUGCACAUUUUGUGUCACAGAACUUAAAACUGCUCAAAAGGUUGUUUUGUACAUUAAUUCAUUCCAAUCGAUUCCAUUCCUGUAAAUAUUUUUUUCUUGUGCUCAUUUGUGCUGCAUGCGUUUACUAUACAUUGUAAAACCAUGUAUUUUACCAGUAGGUAAUUAUGAGGUUGUAUAGAACCAGGAGGACAUGAACUUGUACUCAUGGUCUAUGGUCAAUGCUAAAACGUUCUAUUUUCUGUUGAAUCUGCAUUUCAACAUUAUUCUUCAGCAUUUGAAAGUCUGAGAAACUUAAAUCCUCUAUUGGAGCAUUUCUCAAGGGCUUCAUUAAAAUUUGAAGUAGACAGCUACCAGUAGUUUGAUACAGGUAACCUUCUGUAUCAGCAAAGAAUCUUUCUUUAAUAUUACUUCGAUGAAGGGAAAAAGUAGCGCACUUUUCUGAGGAAAGUAGCCAGUGCUUCUGAUUGGCCAUAAAAAAUAGACUUUGAGAGUCCUAUUUUGAGGACACUAGUGGAAAUAGGAAUACCAUGUUGUGUGGUCAUCUGAGCCGCAUGAAGGCGUCUCCAAGGCAAAGGAAGUACAUGUAUUGUACCUUCAUUUCUCAGUUAUUUUAAAACCCUGAAUAGUUGUCCAGUCCUGGGAAUUGAACCCUUGAUCUCCUACUUUGCAAUUAAGCUCUAUACCAACUGAGUAAAUUUUGUUGUACUGAAGAGUUACUUAAUUCUGUUACUGAUUUCAUGCCUGUAUUAUUCCACUGUCAGGCAAGGAUGAGUUGACUGUCCUUCAUGCAUCUCAGUGUACUCCACUUGCAUCAUGUUCAUCUGCGAUGGAUGUGGAACGAGACAAAGGCUGGAUAGCGUCUAUAUUUGAAUGGCUAAGAAGGUACUAUGGGAAAAAUCCUUAAGAUUCUUAGUUAUUUGAAUGACAGGAUGUGUAAACUUAUAUCACUGACUGUUAAAAUUUAUUACUUAUUGUAUCUUGACAGGUGGUUUCUGGGUCCUCAGGUUACACUUCAGGAUUGCCUCUCAGCUUUCUUCUCUGCUGAUGAACUUAAAGGUACUUCAUACAGUAUUAUGAAAAGGUAGAAAUACGGAUAUUUUAUUACCAGGAUUAUUUUAUCAUCAUAUUCCUCUCACAGUCCCGGUGACACGUAGGGUGCAAACAAUAUUUUUCCAUUCUGGCUUGCUUUUGCCUAACUGAAUAUCAGUCCAGCUCUUCCUUUCAAAUUGAGUCUUUCUCGUCAAGAAGGGUUUGGCUUGGCCCUUCCUCGGACCCCAAAAUUGUUCAAUUUCUUGCUUGCAUUUCUGUAACCAUUUCUGGUUUUACAAGAGUGGGUGGUUAACUUCAAACUUCAAUCCCCAACCUUGAGGGCUAGGGGCUGUUCUUUUUCUGGUCUCUAUCCCUCAACCAAUCUUUUAUAUAUUUAAACCUGCAAGGGGCUGGAGUUUAAGCCGGCAUAGCCCUUGUGGUCACUGGGACAUGCUAACCUCUCCACUGCAGCAAAGUGCCAGCCCAUAGUGAACAAGCUUUAUUUAUUUAUUAAAACGUUAAAUUUUUUAAAAUGACUUAUUCCCUUUUGAUUACUGUUGUCUUUUCUUUUGGUUUGUUCUUCAGGGGACAAUAUGUACAGCUGUGAAAAGUGCAAAAAGUAAGCCGCUGCUUUAUUUUCUUUGAUGUUUCAGUGAGAAACUAUUCCUUUUGUCUUUUGAAUUUUUUUUUUGCUUAAAUGUUGAAACUUGUCAUUGAUUUUAGGUUAAGAAAUGGCAUCAAGCUUUGUAAAGUGAUGCACCUUCCUGAGGUAAGUUGACUCCCUAUUUUAUAGUUUGAUCCUAUGAAUCUAACACUAUGUUGUACUUUGGUGAAUAUCAAUGUCAGCACACCUGAUGUUGCUGGUGUUACAGUAGUGCUACGUAAUGUGAAAAAAAAAUUAAGUGGCAUCUUUUUGUAUGUAACACUCACCCAGAAGCAAAGUCAUUUAGUUCUUACAACUCAUUUUCCAGCAAAUUUGUUCACUUUUUCUCUUUCUAGAUUUUGUGCAUCCACUUGAAGCGGUUUAAGCAUGAAAUGUACUUCUCUUCCAAAAUCAAUCACCUCAUUUCUUUUCCUCUGACUGGAUUGGACAUGAGGCCCUUCAUGGUAAAAGGUGUGAAAUAUCAUUAAACAAAUUCUGUGUAAUUUAGAGCUGCAGGUCAAAGUAGUAUAGAAAAAGUAAUCAUUAAACAAAGUAAGGGAGCGUGGGUGAGAUCAAUCUUAUUGAAGGUCAAAACACUCUUGCUGCAACACUGCUUUGUGUAUUAAGUUUCAUGUGACAGAAGGUCACAAACACGUGAUCAGAUUAGGAAUGACAGAAGGUCCAAAUGUGCGUGAUCAGAUUGUGUUCUGUGUAUUCUGUUCAAUCUUAAUGGAAGUCUAAAUAAAUGCUGGCUACAUACAUGCCACACAUGCAUAACAGCAACCUAGAUAUUAGGAUUGCCGGCUUUUCUUGUCGGCCGUAACAGUAGAUGCAGGAAGUAUUGGUAGAUGUUAGUGUUGUAUAAGUUGACAGUGGGUUUGAGUGUGUUUUGGGUAGAAGUAAAAGGCUGAGGAUGAGGGUUGUGGGUAGUAUUUUUUUUUUACUCCAUGUAUGUUCAGUAUGAGUAGAGAGUAUGUUUAUUCCUAUCACUGUGGAAACAAAUAAAUCUGAUAUGUUAAAAUGUACUAUAUCAUACUGUUCAGAUUUUAACAGAUUGGAGCCAAUGCAAAAAUGUACAACUUAUGAUCUUGUCGCUGUUAUUACUCAUCAUGGAAGUGUUGGAGGUAAAAUUAAUUUGUUUUUAUCGGUUUACGUCAACUCUGUCUAAAAUGGACACCUUUGGGACCAGAACUUAGUGUCGGUCUUGCAGAGAUGUCCAUCAGUUAUAGAAAGUCAAAUAAAGGGAGUAAAGAAAGGCAAGGACCAACUCUAGGUGUCCGUUUCAGUAAGGUGUCUUAUAGAGGUCUCCUUUAAGAGAGAUUCAACUUAUAUUAAAUAUGUUUAAGUAGUUAUGGAUUUUAUGAUAUAAAAAUUCUUUUAAGUUGGUACAAGUAUGCUUAAUAAAGGCACAAAGAGAAUCAAACUUUGAGGAUCAGAGGCAAAGAAAUAUUCAUUUUCAUAAACUACAAGCAUUAGGCAUGACAUUUUUUAUCACACUAUUCCUUGUAGCUGGUCAUUAUGUGUCUUUUGCCAAGAACUACGUCAAUGGAAAGUGGUAUGAGUUUAAUGACUCUUGGGUCAGUGAAGGUAAGCAUACAAAUACUGCAUAACCAGCUAUAUGUAUUUGUAUUAUUAGAGAGCUUUAGAUUCUGAGACGAGGACGACUAGGAGUACGAGAUUUUCUCAACACUGAGUAUUGCUCGCGUGUGAGCUAGAGUCAUUUUGGCGGGAAAAAGUAAUAGCCGUUGGCAUUCUACUACGAGUUUUAGCGAGAAUGUCGUAGUGGCGAGGACAGGUUAUCAAAUGUAAGAAGUUUUAUCAUUUUGCUUUCGGAAGAGGGCUUAACCUCCUUCAGUAUAAAUACCUGUACUUACUUUUUUCCACGUAUAGUAGUUGGUAGACUUGCCUACGAGUCGAGCUCAAAUAUUUUCGCAAGCGUGAAGCGCGAACGGUAGAUUUUUUAUGUUUUCUGUGGCAAAAGCAAGCGAGAGAGCUAACUACCGGAACCGGAAAUGAGAAGCGAAGGACUUUGAGAAAGUCUAAGUAGUUGGUUUUCCUUUGGUGGUUUGAGAGAGAAAAGAAAUUUUAAACUGAUGGUUUGCUUGUGAGCAUAUGAUGGGAAGUUAAUUUGAGGAAAGAUCACAGCUGGUUCCCAUUUGAUCUCGUUACAUGUUAGUGAAAUUAUCAAACUUCGGCAUGUUUGCCUAUUUGAAUAUCGCUACUUUAGAAAUUUUUAACAUUUUCGUAAUUGUUGAUCAGCGUUUUGUGUUUCCCUCCAGUGUCUGAUUCAUACGUGUCUGAUGUAGAAGCGUACGUGUUAUUCUACAGGUCAGUUUCUGGGAGUUUACAUCUUACCGGGAUUUUUAUAACGUUAUCGCCGAAUGGACCUUUUGCGUCGAACAGUUUUUUUCGGUCAAAAACUAUUCUACAAAGUAGCUAUUAUAAAAACUAAGAGUACAACCAUUGCUUUUUUCCCUUCUCCUCCUUUCGUUCUCCUCGCUCUUUCUUUUUCUCCUUUCCUUUUCCUUUGUUACUGUGAUUUUGGAGCUUCUCGGGCUAAGCUAAGAAACAUGCUUUUUGGCUCCUUCUUACUCAAAUGACUGCAAAUUUCUCUAGGUUGGUUUUCAAAAAAUCGGCUAGACAUACAUAGAAGUGAUUAAUCCAACAAUUUCAUUCCUUAGCAUAACUAAAAACAUUUAUCACCUAAUACAUUAGCUUGUUAAAAUUAAUUUGAAGGUGUUGUGUGUUUACUCUGUACUCAAAAUUGAUCUUGUGUUCACACAAUUCCAACUUUGAAGAUGAAUACUACUUCCUGGUUGGCAACCAAAUUGCUAUAUGUUCUGCGAGAAAACAUCAAUUAUUUGUUACUUGUAAUUAUUUCAACCUGGUUUAUUUUUUUAAAAAUAGAAAAUCAAGCGGUGAAGCUACCAAAGAACGUCAAAGAUUUUUCAAUUUGCUGAAAGAUUCACAGGUGAAGUGUAGAAUAUUUGUCAUGUUUCUCUUUGAUCUCCUAACCAAUCCGACCUUUACUUAGCCUGACAAAAACAGCCGAGUUUUCGCGAUGCCAGCAACGGUUUCCGCGCGAAAUGACGUCUGAGAAACGAGCGCAGGAAUUCCUUACUGAUGACGUGUCACUACCCAGACCUGGAUAGUGCUUCUGAUUGGUAGAAGCAAAUUUCCCUCGCGGCACGUCCAACCAGAAGCACUACUUAGAUCUGUGACACGUCAUCAGUAUGGAAUUUCUGUGUUCUUCUGACGUCACGUCGCGGGGAAACCAGUGGUUGCGUCGUGAAAUGUCGCCUGUUUCCUCAAGCUAUCCUUUACUAAGACUCUCUUGUUACAUUUUAGGACAGUGAAUCGAGGCAUUUUGUGUCCAAGAAAUGGCUGACAAAGUUCCAGUCUUGCAUGGAGCCAGGUAAUUCUGAUCAGCUGGGCUUUUUACACUCGAACCGCCACUAACGGCCACCUCCCUAUCAUUAUUAGGCUGAUUUACCAGCAGAACGGGAACGUCAGUUGACGACGGCGCGCGCAAAUCAAACAACUGGCUUGACCAAUGGCAGAGCGACAAAUUGGACACCGGAAGUCGAGUUUAGUCAUUUUCGCGCGCUUUUCCGUCGUGAAAUGACGUUCGCGUUCUGUUGCUAAAUCAGCCUAAUGACCACCUGUCUGCAACGGCCACUGUUUUUGUCGGUAAGUCCAUACAUUGACUUUUGUUUAAACAUCUCUACACAGACCACUUUCUUCUGUCCCCAAGGUGGCUGUUGUGAAGAGGUUCAACUGUUUAAUGGGUCACUACAUCGCCAUAUGCCGGUCAAGAAAUUGCAUGAACAUUGCAUUUUUUAAAAUGUCCAACAGUAGUGUACAUAUUUUAAGUAACGUAAACUGUUCCGUGAAUUUGCAAUGGCCAAAAAAUUUGGUAUUUGUUCUUGCUUAACACUUUUUAUCAUGACCUCUUUCACAGGUCCAAUUACAAACACAGACUUCAUGUGUGCCCACGGGGGUAAGUAAUGAAAAACAAAUGAUUAUUUGUGGUAAAGUUCUUAAAGUAUACAACACUUCGUUGUUUAGCUUUAUCGUUUUUCGAUGUUUGCCAGGUUAGUCAGUGUUGUGUUGAGUCGCUCUGUGGAGCUGUUUUAAGGGAGACAUUUUGACUCAGUUUCCCGCGCAACUUUGUAAUAGCCAAUGAAGACACCGAUAGCUUCCAAUAAACAGUCCCGUAUAUAGAGCAAUUACACUGUAAUGAUGAGACUUUGAUACAUUCUCACAGCUAUUCAUCCACAUAAUAUGGAAAGAAUUCAUGAAAGAACUGUUCCUCUUCCUGAAUCAGUUUGGAGACAUCUCCAGGCCAGGUGAGUACAAUAAUUGUCUAGAGAGAGGUGGUCUUUUCGUACGUCAUCAGAAUUCUAUUCUGUGUUUUCACUCACGUGGCCAGCAUCUAUGCAAAUUUAUUGGAACAAAGGAAAUUGUUUACAUAAGAAAAGAGUUCAACUCCCACAGGACUGGUUUGGGACACAAAUAUGGCCGCCAUGUCGUCAUGUGAAAACACACAAUUUGUGUGUUCAGUACUCAUGUGACUGAUCGUGAAGCGUACUGAAUGUGGAUGUUGCGAGAAAGGGAAGACCGCAGUCUAACUGCAGCUUCGACUGAGCAUUUCUUACCAUCAUUAGCCACAAUUUUGUUCAUCUACUCACUGAUGAUUUUGUGUGUAGGUUUGGAGGAGGUCCUUCGGCUACAACUUUGAGCAUGUGUGCACAUUGCAAGGUAUAA